UUGCUAUUUUUUAUUUCCUCUUAUUUUUCAUGGACGGAACGAAAAAUGACACGUCUGUGUUCUAGCCGGAGCUCUGAAUCAGCCAAUCAGAAAACAGCAUCGUCGGAAAUGUCCAUGAAACUCAUCCUGACCUAAAACGAUGCGAAUGUGACUUUUGUCACUCUCUUAUGUGUGUACCGAUGUUUUAGGACGUAACGUGAUUUUCGCUUGAUCUUUUUAUUGUCUUGUGGACAUAUUAAAGAUUCAAAGUGGGAAAGUCGAACUAAAUUACUAGACUAACGUAUACUAAAAGCAGUUAACUCGUUAUUUUGCAAUCAAAGCACCGUUAUCUGCCCAGUUUAUGAUUAUUUAUGUAACGUUAGCCUAGUGUGAACUUCACUUGGUUGUGCAUUAUAGAGGUUUAACCUGUGGCACUGCAGUGUAAGUCAGGGGUAGUUUAAGACCAGCAGCUGUCAACUUGCACUCAGUCAGAACCGCUGUGUGUAAAUGGCAGAGCACGAACUCUUUCAGUACUGUUUGUGUUGUGUUUAAACGGAGAAUAAUCAGAUGGACUUCACGGAGUGCUAUGGAGACACCUGCUCAGCCGUCGCGCUGGCAGCCCGGGAGGGGAAAGGUCGUCGGGUGCAGAAGCUCAUCCAGAGAGGCUUCGCGGUGGACGUGAAAGAUAACCGGGGCUGGAACGCCCUGCAUGAGGCUGCGGCGGCUGGAUCAGCGGAGUGUGUGCGGCUUCUCCUCCCUGCAGCCGUCAAUUGCGAAGACUACGUCAACACUUUGACACAUAACUCAGAGACUCCUCUUUACUUUGCUGCGAGGAAUGGACACCUCCGGGCAGUGAAGUGGCUUAUCAAGGGUGGUGCGGACAUUAACAGGACAACCAAUGAGCUCUCCUGUCCCCUCUUUGCAGCUGUAGAUGGUGGGCACGAAGAUGUGGUGGAGCUGCUGGUGGAAAAUGGGGCAAAAGUCAAUGGGACGUACUCGGUGUCAGGCUGGUCUUGUCUCCAUCAAGCUGUUUACAAGGGCCAUACUGAGAUUGUGAGGUACCUUGUGAGCAUGUGCUCUCUGGAGGCUGUUGAUGACUAUGGGAUCACAUCAUUAUUUGUUGCUGCGCAAUAUGGACAUCACCAAUGCUUGGAAAUUCUUGCAAAUGCCGGGGCGAAUGUGAACUGCCAGGCAAACGAUCUGGCCACACCGCUGCUCAUUGCCGCUCAGGAGGGCCACGUACGGUGUGUGGAGCUUUUGCUGGCCCAUGGAGCUGACCCCAACCUGUACUGCAAUGAGGACUGCUGGCAGCUACCCAUCCAUGCUGCGUCCCAGUUCAGUCGGCUUAGUAUUUUAGAGAAGCUGAUUCCGGUAACGAAGCGAGAAUGUGACCGGGGCGAGGGAAAGGUCAGUCCAGUUUAUUUGGCAGUACUUAGUGGGCAAGCGGACAGCCUGCGGUCCUUGCUAAAGAAGGGCUACAGUCCAGAUGCCCAAAGCUGUCGACAGUUUGGCUACAGCUGCCCUUUGGACAUGGCUCUGUGGUGCAACUCUUGGAAUUUGAACAGCGAGUGUCACCAGAUUCGUGAAAUCACUCUGAUGCUCUUGGCAGCAGGGGCCCAUGUGAGCAUGGGCAUCUAUGCCUUUGCAUUACAGGGCCACGUACCAGAGCACCUGCCCUUGAUCCUAGAGCACGCUGGCCUCCCUCAGGGUGACCGACUGGAAGAACUGGCCCGUAGAGCCCUUGCUGAGAUGCAGAGCGCCUCUUUCUGGCUCCCCCUGCUGCUCAAAGCAGGAAUGGACCCCAUGCUGCUCCUGCAGGACAAAAUAUUCUCUCUCACCGUCGAGCAGAUGGCACCUGGACGCCACAGAAGCAUUUCGAAUCAGUCCCUGCCCUCACCCAUCUGUGCAGACUGGCAGUGCGGGCAGCGGUGGGCAGCAAUGCUCUGUCUAAGACCUCCUUUAUCAAACAGCUGCCCAUCCCCACACUGCUUCAGGACUACCUUCAGUUCAGCGACGUCCCAGGCUUGCUUACAUAGCGGCCUGACAGGCAUGUGUGGCUAAUUAAGUUAUCUCAACUUGUUCCACUGCAGUAUUUUGUAUAUAAUGUUAAUAAAAUUUUAAUGACUGCUCAAUGACGCUGGACUCUUUUCAUUACCUUGAUAUUUAGAAAAUGUGGGAGGACAAAUGGAGAAUUCCACCAAUUUAUCUUCACUGUUCUGUUCCCCUCUUACACAGCUGGCCUUCAUACUGAGUUGGUGUUGAAAUUCACCUCUGCUCCGUGUCUUUGGUCUGCCUCGUUAUC